UUAUGGAUGUGAAAUAUGGAAUGGAGUUGUACCGGUUGGUCCAACAUGACCAACUAUGAUUUAACUGUCUGUCUCUCUCUUUCUCUGUAUCUCUUUCCCACCGGGCUCCUCCUAGUUUGACUCGCCCCGUGUAUUCAAAUAAAUACAGUUACACACAUACAAAUGAUCGGAUAAUCUUAACAUUAAAGUCAACUGAAACAAAUUAUGCGAUGAUUGGAAGAGCAAUAGGCGUUGGGUUUUUGAUCCCGUCGUUAUGGGAAGUGCAAGUUACAGUAGCCGCCGCCGCAUUUGUUGUAGCCGCUUACUUCUUCUUCUCUUCAUUCCGCCAACUCCCCGCCGCCCCCCUCCCCGAUACCCUCCACCACCAGAUGGUUCAGCUGAAAGGAGAGUCUCAUGCUAAUUCUGCAUAUAUAGUUAAGGUAGAAUUGCUUGCAGCUAAGAAUCUUAUUGGUGCCAACUUAAAUGGCACAUCAGAUCCCUAUGCAAUCAUCACAUGUGGUGCAGAAAAGCGAUUUAGUUCUAUGGUUCCUGGAUCACGGAACCCCAUGUGGGGAGAGGAGUUUGAUUUUCCAGUUGACGACCUUCCUGUCGAGAUUAAUGUUACAAUAUAUGAUUGGGAUAUAAUAUGGAGAAGUGCAGUUCUUGGCUCAGUUACUGUUCCUGUCACAAGUGAAGUUCAAACUGGAGCAGUAUGGCAUACUUUGGAUAGCAGUUCAGGGCAGGUUUGCCUCCAUAUACGGACAAUAGAUCUUCCCAUGAGCUCUCCCAGGGGAUUGAACGGUUAUGCUGGAACUAAGCCUCGAAGAAAACAAGGACCCACAGUAGUUCAUCAGAAACCUGGGCCACUUCAGACAAUAUUUGAUCUUCUUCCUGACGAGGUUGUUGAACAUAGCUAUUCUUGUGCACUUGAGAGGUCAUUUUUGUACCAUGGCCGAAUGUACGUCUCUUCCUGGCACAUCUGCUUCCACUCUAAUGUAUUUUCAAAGCAAAUGAAGGUUAUAGUACCAAUCGGAGAUAUAGACGAGAUAAAAAGGAGCCAGCAUGCAUUAAUUAAUCCUGCCAUAACAAUAGUUCUUCGCAUGGGUGCUGGCGGGAAUGGCGUUCCUCCUUUAGGAAGUCCUGAUGGCAGGGUGAGAUAUAUGUUUGCAUCAUUUUGGAACCGAAAUCAUGCAUUAAGAGGUUUACAACGUGCAACCAAGAACUACCAUGCAACUUUAGAAGCUGAGAAGAAGGAGAAAGAACAGUCUGCACUUCGUGCUCAUAGUAGUUCUAUCAGAUGCACUGAAGGGCAGAUUAAGAUUCUUGAAGAAAGUGUUCCCACUUCUGGAAAAUUACAGCCUUUCAUCAAAGAUGAAGUUCUCGUCGAUAUAUACAAUGGUGUUUUUCCAGCAACUGCUGAUCAGUGCUUUGAGUUGCUGUUUAGUGACAAUUCCAGUUAUACAAAUGAGUAUCGCUCAACUAGAAAAGAUACCAAUCUGAUUAUGGGUCAAUGGCAUUCUGCUGAUGAAUAUGAUGGUCAGGUCAGAGAAGUAACAUUUAGAUCCCUGUGUAACAGUCCUAUGUGUCCUCCUGACACUGCAAUGACUGAGUGGCAGCAUGCUGUUCUCUCACCAGAUAAAAAAACUCUGGUGUUAGAGACUGUAUCACAGGCGCAUGAUGUUCCAUUUGGAUCUUUGUUUGAGAUACAUUGUAGAUGGUCAGUUGAGACAAACUCCGAAUCCUCAUGCACAAUUAAUGUAAAAGUGGGUGCACAUUUAAAGAAAUGGUUAAUCAUGCAGUCUAAAAUCAAAUCCGGCGCCAUAAAUGAGUAUAAGAAAGAGGUGGGUGUGAUGCUUGAUGUGGCACAAUUGUAUAUUAAGUCGAGAACGACUGCCAGUGUUGUUAAUGAUGCUGAUGCUCCUGGUUCGAAGAAUCAACAGACAAUGUUAACACAUGCUGAAACUGAAACCAUCUAAAGUUGAAGUCAUAUUGAUUGUUGUAAUCUUGUAACUUAAACUUUCUUCAUUCUGUAUAAAUGUGAAGGACAGAAUCUACGACGAGUGAAAUAUGUUUACAUGUAUCAUAUGUGCUUUCAUCCUAUCUUUGCAGUUGACAAACAGCUGUCUCCGUUUGUAAUCUUUCUUGUGCAAUGAGAAUUGUUUGAUGUCUCAAAUUUGGAAAGAAUUGCAUGUUUUAUGAAACUACAGCGGGUUUUCCUA